AUGCAGCAGGGCAACGAGUUCAUAAAUGGCAGAGUCGAACCACCUCCAGUUUCAUCACCAAUGUCCUUACUUACUCCUGACAGGCACAGCUCGUCACCGCCCCGAUCCGUCGGUAACGGCGGAGAAUUCUCAAACAUCUGCGCCUCGCUAUUCGCUCCCAAGGAAUCUACUCUGUUUACCCCUCAGAUCCAGUACCAGAGCUCUACGCCCAUUUCCAUCACGACUUCCUCUCUUUCCUGUGACGAUGAUUCCGAGGAAGCUGCUGCGACUGAGCAUUGCCUAGGCCUUGCGCGGCUUACACUCCAGUAUCAGGAAAUGCUGGGUCGCUAUGAACUCUGCCUCUCCCAUCUCGAGGAAGCAGCUGAAGAGGCUGAGGCUCUUCGCCUGGAGAAUUCGAACCUCCGGAUGGCUAAUGCUGAGCUUGCGAGGCGCCUAACCAUCAUUUCUCCAUACGGCCAGUCCAGCAGGAGUACUGGUGGAUUGUCAGAGGUGUACCCCGGUUUACCUCUCAGCUUGCUGAACGAUUUUCAGCGCCUUGACCUGAACAUCAGUCCGACUACCGCGGAAUGGAGCCCAAUCCACGACUGCCAGAAUGAUAAUAUACUCACAAGGAGGGCACAGGUCCAGGACCACAGAACCACCCUGCCGAAGAGCAUCUCGAUCCGAUCAAAGGGUUACAUGAAGCUCGCCGCCAGCAACCGCAACGGCCGAAAUCGUUUCUCCGACCCUGCCAUGCUUGGACCGGUGAGUUUGUUUCCCUUAAUGAACCCCUGAAUAGGAAGAUACGGACACCCCUCAAGGUUCCAGUGAACAUAGCACUAAACCCCAGACUUACGCAACCUGUUCUGCCUUUCACCAAGUUUUUACGCAAAUGUCUUGUCACGAGAAAAUUACUUUCAAGAAUUCAAGGUUAAGAACCUUACUAUUGGUUUCUAGAUCUUGAGGCUGUUGGAGAAAACGCAGGAAGAAAGGGUGCUAGAUGUAAUUCUUUUUAAUUUAAAUUAACCGAUUGGUAUAUAAGCUAAUGAUGGUGGUGAUCGGGGAAGCAGCAAAAGGUUUACGUGCCACUUGAAGAAGACGAAAACAGCAGCAGCGACGGAAACAAGCAAGAGAAGGAGGCGGCGACACUCGAGUUCGAUGCUUAUGCCCAGGGAAUGUUCAAGACUGAGCUAUGCAACAAGUGGCAAGAGGCAGGUUCGUGUCCUUACGGGGAGCAUUGCCAAUUUGCCCAUGGCAUUGCGGAGCUACGCCCAGUAAUCCGCCACCCCCGGUAUAAGACGGAGAUCUGCCGGAUGAUCCUGUCAGGAGGGACCUGCCCCUACGGUCACCGCUGCCAUUUCCGCCACGCUCUCUCUCCGCAAGAUAAUUUUCUGUCAGCCUCUACCAACUGA